ACGACAACAACAACAACAACAACAACAACAACAACAUCAUCAACACCAAGGAGGAGGAGGUUUUCCCUGGUUCUCUUCUCCGACCCUGCCGGGGGUGACGAGCGGACAGCUUGGAUUCGAAAGAGGAUCGACUUCUUAGUUUGAAAGACCGAAAGCUCACUGAAUGAUUUUUUUUCAAUCAGCACUGUCUACUCAGUUAAAAUAAUGAAUUCUCCUAGUUUCACGCUACCUACUAUGGUACCCAGUAGUUCAGUCAUUAACAGCUCUGUCACCAGCAAUUUAGCAACCAAUAAUCCACCAACGAAGUCAGUUCUCCUGAGCAAACCUUUCAAGUGCUCAGAAUGUGGACGAUCCUUUGCUCAGUUGACUGACCUGGAAUUUCACGAGAUGUCCCAUGCUGCAGAACGCCCAUACCGCUGCGAACUCUGUGGGAAAACCUUUGCACAGACAUCAGCCCUGGUAAAACACCAGCGAGUCCACACUGGAGAGAAGCCUUACAAAUGCCCAGUAUGUGGUAAAACCUUCGCCCUUUCUUCUGGGCUCGUAUUGCAUAAGCGAAUCCACACUGGCGAACGCCCUCACACUUGCCCUCUGUGUGGCAAGAAGUUUAUUUCCUCAUCCCACCUGGCGUUACACUUACGGUCCCACACUGGGGAAAGAAAAUAUAAAUGUAACAUAUGUGGGAAGCUUUUUCUUCAGUCCUCUCAUCUCGUAAGGCACAAGGCAAUUCACAGCGGGGAAAAACCUUUCAAAUGUGAAGACUGCGGGAAGAAUUUUGGUCGAUCAUCACAUCUGAAGACACACAGGCGCGUUCACACGGGAGAGCGGCCUUAUAAAUGCACUCAGUGUGAGAAAGCUUUCACCCAGAAGGCAGGACUUAUUCUUCACCUCCGUCUCCAUACUGGAGAAAAGCCCUACAGAUGUGAUAAGUGUGGGAAAAACUUCCGUUCUUCUGCCCACCUCGUGUCCCACCAGCUCCUCGAAUCUGGGGAAAGGAACUUCAAGUGCUCGGUAUGUGGCAAGGCUUUCAAACAGGCGUCAUCGCUGAAGCAACACCUGAAAACCCACGAGAUCCGGGAACCUCACCGUUGUUCUGUUUGUAGCAGGGCCUUUUCCAGAUCAUCCUACCUUCAGCUUCACAUGAGAACCCACAGUGGAGAGCGGCCAUAUCACUGUAUGGUUUGCAACAGAACUUACGCAAAAAUGUCCACAUUUGAAAAGCACUGUAAAAAGCAUCAACAGGAUGAAGAGAGGCCUGAGCUUCGACCCAAAGUAAUGACCACGAGGGCAAAAGCCCUAGCUGAAAAGAGAAGACAAGAGCAGCAAAAGCAACCAACCAAUUGUCAGGAACGUUAUCAAUUUAAUUCUGAACUGCAGCAAGAAUUAAAGAAACAGUAGCAAUUUUAGGCCCCCAUAGUAGAAGGUGAUGGAUCUUAAGAGAUGAAAUUUCUGAGCUAAUCUAGUGUUUUCCCCCCCCCCAAAAUGACUAUGUUGGAAUUUUUUUCCGUUAUAGUAGAAAUAUAAAAGUGCAGUGUGGAACAUUUUCAAGGGUGCAUUUUUCCUUAAAAAAAAUAAAAAUAAAAAAACAAAAACAAAACUUCCCUGAUGCCACAGGCAGUGCAUAUUGUGCUCAAGCUAUGUAUUGUUUCGGGAGAGAGGUGCUAUCACCUGGAAGAAUAUUUGUACAAUUUCAGGAGUCCACCAGUUUCCCCAGACCAGUAUAGAAGAAUACCAAAUUCUCUGGAAUUUUGAGGGAAGAAAAAUACUCUUUCCCACCGUAGGUGAGGGGCUGCUGAUGAACAUAUGGUUUUACUUGUGGCAAAAAAAGCUAAAAUUUGACUGCUUCCAGGAAAUCUGACAAAAAUUACUCAGAUUAGGCAAAAUGAGUUUGACCUAAAAUGCUAGCUGGAAUUUGCACCUGAUUUUAAAGUUAUAUAUGUUUUUUUUUAAUUUAAAUUAGUAUAGAGGUGGUAAACCCACAUAUUGUUUUUAAAUAGCAUGGUCUUAGAAGCCCAAACAUGUGUGUGACUUUUUAUUUUAAAUGUUCCUGUGUAAUAUCUUCUUGCAUAUUUAAGUCCCAGCUACAUGCCUAAAAAGAAACAUUCCUUCCUCAUAAUACUUUUCAAGUGUAUCAUUUAGAAAAUUUUAAUUUUAUUUUAUCACUUUCUGGCUUUACUAUUAGCCAUUCUAAAAUAGUAGAGGAGACAAAUAUACCCAAGUUACGAACAUCUAAGGGGUACACCUUUCAUGGCCUGUCAAAUGGUGUUCGGCCCUGUAGUAAGAUUGUGUUCUGCUGAUCGUUUUAGUAAGAAAAUCAUGUCUGACAGAAAAUUUAAAACAGAAACAAUUAUCUUUUAGAUUUUUUUCAUUAUGUGCUAAAUUUUUAUCAGCCCUAAGCAACUGAAACACUCUUAGUGGAAAACAGUUUAUAUGAGUUUAGAAAUAUCACUUACUACUAAAUGGCAGGUGUGUACAAUCAGAGAAUGAUUUCCAUUUUCUUUGAGCAAGCGUGGUCCUUAUUUUCUAUAUUGAUUCAGAUUUUUCAAAUUAUGUAUAUUUUAUGAUGGAUGGAAACAUUUUGCACUUUAUUUGAAAUGGCAUAGUAUUCAUAUUAUUCCUGGUUCUCUAAUAAUUGCUCAUACAUGUAUGGGAUUGGUGGAUCUCUAAUUCCAAUCAAACACACUGUUUCCUUGACUGAAAUUAGAGUAUCAUAUGCUUAAAUAUCAAUAGAAUUAAAAAGUAAAACACUACACUAAUGGAGGGGUGAAUUUAACAUCAUUUUAGCCAUUAAAUCUAUAAAAAGAAAUCUGAUAAAGGGAUUCUGUUGUGAUAUUAAUGAGUACGGUUCAUAAACUUUAAGCAAAUAUUUUUACUGCUGAGUAAUGAAUGGAAUAAAA